AUGCGCCAGAAGAUACAAAGACAGUACAUACCAAUCAUGAGACAGAAGAUAACAAACCUGGGUCAUCGGUCAACACCCUCGGCCAUAGAGAUGAGUGGACGUGGUGGCAUCGUCUUCGACAACAGCAUCGUCUUCGACAGUUCUAUCUCUUCUUCUUCCGCUACAACAGAUCCCACCUUCGUUCUCCACGAUACCUCACCAAGUGCACACCUGGUUGAGAACGACUACCUGAACAGCAGACAAAAGGAUGAAAGCUCUGCAACUGGACUUGUAGCUGUUGUCGGCAACUUGGGCAAAAAAAUGAAAUCCAAGUUGGAAACAUUCAAUCCAAAGAUGUGGUUCUCGAACACGGACCAGGAAGUCACUGAAUCUUUCGAUCCAGCUGAUUUCUCACGUAGCAGAAGAAAGCGAUCAAGUACGAGUAUUGAAACUGCUCACACGGAUUUCGAUUUUAAUAAUCCUUGA